UGUGAACAGCUGAGAAGUGAGAAGUUUUUUAAAUCACGGACACGAAGUACGAAUUUGACCCUCGAACUCACAACUCAGUUAUCAGAGAAAUAACAUCGAGAGAACAUUGAAUAGUAAAUAAUAUCUAGAAUUUUCUUUGAUUCAGAAAAAAUGGCUAGUGUUGUUACAAUAAGUACUAAGCCGUUUGAAGGGCAAAAGCCGGGUACAAGUGGUUUACGCAAAAAAGUUAAAGUUUUCUUACAAGAAAACUACACUGAAAACUUUAUUCAGAGUAUUUUGGAUGCGAACAAGGACUCGAUAGUUGGUUCAACGCUCGUUGUAGGCGGUGAUGGAAGAUAUCUCGUCAAAGAAGUUGUUGAUAAGAUCAUAAAGAUCGCUGCUGGCAAUGGAGUUGCAAAACUUCUUGUUGGUCAAAAUGGAAUCUUGUCAACUCCGGCAGUCUCCCAUUUAAUCAGAAAGUACAAAACUUUAGGUGGUAUUGUCCUCACAGCGUCACACAACCCCGGCGGCAUCAACAACGACUUCGGCAUAAAGUUCAACUGUAGCAAUGGAGGCCCCGCACCAGACCACACAACAAAUGAGAUUUACAAGCUUAGUACAGCCAUCACGCAGUACAAAAUUGUGCCUGAUAUACAGUGUAGUGUGGAGAAGAUUGGCGUUCAGAAGUUUAAGGUCGGUGAUAAAGACUUCGUGGUCGAAGUGAUCGAUUCUGUAAAGGAUUAUGUCGACUACAUGAAGGAGAUCUUUGACUUCCCGAAAAUCAAGUCGUUGCUACAGGGCGCGGGCAAGAAGCCAUUUAAUGUGCUUAUUGAUUCUAUGAAUGGAGUAACCGGUCCAUACGUAAAAGCAAUAUUCAUAGACGAAUUAGGAGCUACCGAGCAGAAUGUAAGGAGGAUAGUCCCUCUGGAGGACUUCGGAGGAGCCCACCCAGACCCUAACCUCACGUAUGCUGCAGAUCUAGUAAAUGCGGUGAAGAAUGGAGAUUAUGAUUUUGGUGCCGCUUUUGAUGGCGAUGGUGACCGCAACAUGAUAAUCGGUCGAGAUGCGUUCUUCGUGACCCCGUCAGAUUCCCUGGCAGUGCUGGCCAACCAUCUCCAGCACAUCCCGUACUUCCAGAGGUCCGGUGUGAAGGGGUUCGCCAGGAGCAUGCCCACUGCUGCAGCUGUGGACCGCGUGGCUGCUGCGAGUGGGAGGGAGAUGUUCCAGGUUCCCACUGGUUGGAAAUACUUCGGCAACCUAAUGGACGCCGGUCGUCUCUCUCUCUGCGGCGAGGAGAGUUUCGGCACGGGCUCCGACCACGUGCGAGAGAAGGACGGCCUGUGGGCGGCACUGGCUUGGCUCUCCGUGCUCUCAGCCACGCAGCUCUCCGUGCAAGAGAUACUGUCCAAGCACUGGACACAGUUCGGCAGGAAUUACUUCACCAGGUAUGACUAUGAAGAGUGUCCCAGCGACCCCUGCAAUGAGAUGAUGACGGAGUUAGAGAAGAAGAUGAGUGGUAGUGGUUUCGUGGGGUCGUCCCACUCGAGUGGGGGCAAGACGUACGUGGUGGCGGUGGCUGAUAACUUCUCCUAUAUGGACCCCGUGGACCAGAGUGUGGCUAUGAAACAGGGUCUGCGCAUAGUGUUCGAGGACGGUUCUCGAAUUGUACUGCGCCUGAGCGGCACCGGCAGUUCCGGGGCUACUGUACGAUUAUACAUAGAUUCGUACGAGGCUAGCGAUGUCCUCGGCUCUGCGCAGGAAAAAUUGGCGCCUCUUAUCGAUGUAGCUUUACAAAUAUCGCAACUACAGAAAUACACUGGCCGCGAUCAACCCACUGUUAUUACAUAAAUAAAAAAUAAAAAAAAUAUAUAUUAAAAAAUAGGUCACAGAUGACAGAGGUUGCCAUAUAUUUUUAAUAUUACUGUCAAUUUGACAAUUUGGUUUGACAGUGACAUCGCUUUCUAUGAUUGUCUGUGUAUAUUGUUUUGGCGGCAAAAUUUUAUACUGUUGUAAUUUUAGCGUCUAUGAGGCUGCUAUUUUAAAAAUAAUGUUUUUAAAAUAUAUUAUUAAGGCAUUUUAUAUUUCAAAAUUUGAAAUCAUUAUAUAAUAAGUAUGUUUA